CUGACCAAACGCUACCAAAUUGUAUUUGUUGGCGCAAAGAAGCCACCUUGUCUUCUACGCCAUCGCCAUCUGCCUCCGUUGAAACAACAAACUAACACCUCCACCUUCAACCCAUCAACACUCACGCGUUUUCGACUUUUCAUCUAUCUCUUUCUCUCAUGUACAACGCUAUUACCUUCCCGUCUUCUUCUUCUCUUUUCAGUCUCACAUAAAACCAGCAACAACAAUGGCUUCCACCUACAGCUGCAAGCAUUGCGGCACCAACCUCAACCUGAGAUCCUUCUACGCCUUCCCACCGGACUUCUACUUCGAGGCCGGCAACAAAGGUUCCGUCUCCUUCUCCGCCGUGGACGCCGCCAAGCUCCGAUUCGAGAAAGAGGACAAAAUCAAACCCUUCUUCGAAACCCUAAACUACUGGGGCAUCCAACGAAAGAGGACCAAGAUGAUCUGCAACUCUUGCGCCCAUCUCCUUGGCUACAUCUACGACGACGGCCCUCCACUCACCGAUACUCCCGGUCAGUUCCACAUGGGUCCCAGCCAGGUCAUACCUCGUGCCCCCAGGUACCGCUUCAAGACCAAAGCACUCACAAUUCUUCAACAUCCCUCUUAAGUCUUAUCACAACUUUUUUGUAUAUUAUAUACUUUAUAUUUCCAGCUUUCAUUAUAAUACAAAAUUAAUCAUCAUUUGCAUAUGAUUGCGUUUAUUGUAUAGUUUAUGCUUGGUUUCUGAAUUCUGAUUGAAUGUCAAGUUGGAUAUGAAUUAUGUCUGGCUAUGAUAGUUUUGAGAGAAUAAUUCUAGAUAUGUGUAUUGUCAUGUUGAAUUGUUCUGUUUGGUAACCAUAAGUAAUCCAAGAUAGUCUUUCAUUUUUGCUGGAUCAA